CUCAGUGAGUGCAACUUGUUCCUGCGCGUGCGACUCGAAACAGUCGCCUGGUGUAACCUCCUUCAUGAGGCUCAGAUCUGCCAGCUAUGUUUCGCUCUUCCGGCUGAUUAGAAUAAACAGGGAUCUGCGGUUGUCAGCGGGUCCCUUAUGCCGGUUCAGAACAACAUUUUACACUGGUCCUCGUGUACUUCCUUUACGGGAACUCACGAUGCAGUCGAGUCGCAGUGGCAGCAGCAGCGGGGGCAGCGGGGGCAACGGGGGCAGAGCAGAGGAGCAAGGGCCGGGUCUUUGCGACAACAUCCAGACUGCCACAACAGAACAUGGGGGUCCUCUGGCGGCGAAGACACGAGUGGGAAGCGCGCUCCUCGUUCACGAGAGAAACUUGAGGACCCCGAGUCCCCUUUUUACGGCGAACUUUGAUGACGACUCGGAAGCAGAGGCUUUCAAAGAUGGGAGAACCGAGGAGGUCGACCGGGACACCAGAGGCAGGGCCUUUACUUGGUGCCGAGACUUUCUGUCAGGGUCCUGGAAGACCAUCGAAGAGGGUGAUUUUCAAAUCAGCAUCGUCAGUGGUGGACUGAGUAAUCUGCUGUACCUAUGUAGUUUGCCUGACCAUAUACCCUCUGUGGGAGAGGAACCUCACCAGGUGCUCCUCAGAGUCUAUGGUGCCAUCUUACAGGGAGUGGACUCACUGGUGUUGGAAAGCGUGAUGUUUGCAAUCCUGGCGGAACGAACUCUCGGACCAAAACUUUACGGCAUCUUCCCUGAAGGACGCUUAGAACAGUACCUUCCGAAUACUCGCAUGCGCACGGAUCAACUGUCAAACCCAGCCAUAUCAGCUGAGAUUGCCACCAAAUUGGCACAUUUCCAUGAAAUGAGCAUGCCCUUUAACAAAGAGCCUAAGUGGCUCUUUGGGACCAUCAAAAAAUACUUGGAUCAAGUGAUGUCGCUCAAUUUAGUGCGUGAAGCACAUGUAAAGAAGUACAACAAGCUGAUGAAGUUGGACCUACCUGCUGAGCUGGAGAGCCUCCGUGAGUUGCUGGCAGCGACUCCGUCGCCAGUGGUGUUCUGCCACAAUGACGUCCAGGAAGGUAACAUUCUGAUGCUGGAAGACGAGGACCACAACUCAACAGAUAAGUUCAUGCUGAUCGACUUUGAGUACAGCAGUUACAAUUACAGGGGUUUUGACUUUGGGAACCAUUUUUGUGAGUGGAUGUACGACUACACCUAUAACCAGUGGCCCUUCUACAAAGCCAGACCAGAGAACUAUCCCACCAGAGAGCAGCAGCUUCAUUUUAUCAGAGGUUAUUUGGCAGAGCAGAGAAGACACUCUGAAAUGAUCAUGGACCAGACACAGAUCGAAGAGGAAAUGAUAACUGAAGCAAACAGGUACGCGUUAGCGUCACAUUUCCUCUGGGGGCUGUGGUCCAUCAUUCAAGCAAAGAUAUCAAAGAUUGAGUUUGGGUACAUGGACUAUGCCAUUUGUCGUUUUGAUGCCUACUCCAAGCAAAAAAAGCUCUUCUCCGGAUCUCCACCAUGUUAAUCAGAAUGUAAUGUCUAUUUUUUCAACUAUGUUAUUACAAUUCAGUCAAUCUGAUUGUCUAUUGUAAUGCUAGUUGCCAGAGAAUUCAUGUCUUUAAACUUCCAACUGUAAAUCUUUCUGACUAUUCAUUUUGGUGCACUAAACCAAUCAUAUUCCACAUGGUAGGUUUUUGUGUAUCUCUUUGCAUUAGUGUUUUUAGCGAUUCUACCUCCAUAUAUUUCUUCUGAUGUUCAUUCUGCAUUAUACUUUUUCUUUCAAGGUCCAAUAAAGUUAAGUUAAAAGCUUACCCACAUUCAGCAAAUUAUUGCACAAGGGCUAUUUUAUACAGUACAACCGUAGUCGACAAUACUGUUAAUUCAUGAGAACAAUCAACAUCAUUGGUUCUAUUGCCUGUGUCUUGUAAAUGUCUGCCCAUAUUUAAUUCAGUCUGUAUGUGAGUUUUUGUCAUUUGUCAUUCUUACCUAUUGUAUGAGGUUAACUCAAAUGUCCAUCUGUGCACAUGCAUGUAACCAAGUCCACCUGAAUUGCUUCAAUUAAUUCCCAAAUUAAUUAGGAUCUGUAUUAUAAUUGUAUAUCAUCAUGAAUUUUCCUUUAGCCUAUUUGAAUGUGAAGUGUGGUUUGGACAUUUUCUGGAAAAGUUUUUCCUUCUUUUAUUAAUUUAGACUGUUUUACACAUAGUUGACUUAUGAAAAGAACCUAGGAAAUGAACAGUGUGGCAUCAGCUACCUGUAGCUACCUGUCCUGUACAGUUUCUUUCUGUUAACACGUCUCAGUAAGAUUUCUUUGCACUACAGACAUGAUUUAAUAGCUAAUAAACGUGUUCUUAGAACCUG